AUGAGAGCGUGAGUAACGCCCCCGGCUCACGCAGCUGGGCUGAGAUUUUACUAUCAAGGACAAAGGGGCGGAAGCCUAGUACCAGGAAGCAACCAGCCAGCCGAGAACACUCAACGCUGUCCUCCCCACAAAACAAAGCUCGACGCCCUCGGCAAGAGCCGGGCAAAGGAAAAAGAGAAGGCAGAGGGCGGGCUCGGCGCGCCCUAUUCAGUCCCCGCCGCAGCCGAGCGAGCGGCCCGAGGGGCGGUGGGUGGCAGGGGCGCCGUCGGCCGCUCUGCGGGCGGAGAAGCACCUCCUCCUCACGCCCCUCAGCCUGCGCCGCCCCGGCCCCCGCCGCCAUGUUGGGCCGGGAGAAGUGACACGGACUCGCCACCGACCCGGGCCGCAGCGAGGUGGUCCGGGGCCCGUGUAGGGGGCAAGGGGCGCGGGCACCGGAAGGCCGCGGCCACUGGCAUCGGUCCCACGCAGCGCGAGUUCCGGCGAGCAGACGACCCCAUGCGCAGCUGGCCGGUAAAGGGAUCUGAACCCAUGACCUUGGCAUUAUCAGCACCACACUCUAACCAAGUGAGCUCGCUGUCCAGCUCUGAGAUUUGAUAAUGGGCUGCAUUAAAAGUAAAGAAAACAAAAGUCCAGCCAUUGAAUAUAGAACUGAAAACACUUCAGAGCCUAUCAGUACAAGCCUCAGCCAUUAUGGAGCAGAACACACUGCAGUGGCUCCGUCAUCUUCAGCAAAGGGAACAUCAGUUAAUUUUAGCAGUCGUUCCAUGACACCAUUUGGAGGAUCCUCAGGGGUGACACCUUUUGGAGGAGCAUCUUCCUCAUUCUCAGUGGUGCCUAGUUCAUAUCCUACUGGCUUAACAGGUGGUGUUACUAUAUUUGUGGCCUUAUAUGAUUAUGAAGCUAGAACUACAGAGGACCUUUCAUUUAAAAAGGGUGAAAGAUUUCAAAUAAUUAACAAUACGGAAGGAGACUGGUGGGAAGCAAGAUCAAUCGCUACAGGAAAGAAUGGUUAUAUCCCUAGCAAUUAUGUAGCGCCUGCAGAUUCCAUUCAGGCAGAAGAAUGGUAUUUUGGCAAAAUGGGGAGAAAAGAUGCUGAAAGAUUGCUUCUGAAUCCUGGGAAUCAACGAGGUAUUUUCUUAGUGAGAGAGAGUGAAACUACUAAAGGUGCUUAUUCCCUCUCUAUUCGUGAUUGGGAUGAGGUAAGGGGUGACAAUGUGAAACACUACAAGAUUAGGAAGCUUGACAGUGGUGGAUACUAUAUCACAACCAGAGCUCCGUUUGAUACUCUGCAGAAAUUGGUGAAACACUACACAGAACAUGCUGAUGGUUUAUGCCACAAGCUAACAACUGUGUGUCCAACUGUGAAACCGCAGACUCAAGGUCUAGCAAAAGAUGCUUGGGAAAUUCCUCGUGAAUCUUUGCGACUAGAGGUUAAACUAGGACAAGGAUGUUUUGGUGAAGUAUGGAUGGGAACAUGGAAUGGAACCACAAAAGUAGCAAUCAAAACACUAAAACCAGGUACAAUGAUGCCAGAAGCUUUUCUUCAAGAAGCUCAGAUUAUGAAAAAAUUAAGACAUGAUAAACUUGUUCCACUAUAUGCUGUUGUUUCUGAAGAGCCCAUUUACAUUGUCACUGAAUUUAUGUCGAAAGGGAGCUUAUUAGAUUUCCUUAAGGAAGGAGAUGGAAAGUACUUAAAGCUUCCACAACUCGUAGAUAUGGCUGCACAGAUUGCUGAUGGUAUGGCAUAUAUUGAAAGAAUGAACUAUAUUCACCGAGAUCUUCGAGCUGCUAAUAUUCUUGUAGGAGAAAAUCUUGUGUGCAAAAUAGCAGAUUUUGGUUUAGCAAGAUUAAUUGAAGACAAUGAAUACACGGCAAGACAAGGUGCAAAAUUUCCAAUCAAAUGGACAGCUCCUGAGGCUGCACUGUAUGGUCGAUUCACAAUAAAAUCUGAUGUAUGGUCAUUUGGGAUUCUACAGACAGAACUGGUAACAAAGGGCAGAGUGCCUUAUCCAGGGGAUCACAUCCUCGGCCAGGUGUGGUCUGCACCACGCUCAGCCAGCACGCGAACCAGCCAUCCCUAUAUAGGAUCCGAACCCGCGUCCUCGGUGCUCCCAGCGCCGCAAUCUCCCGAGUGAGCCACGGGGCUGGCCCUUAAUUUUUUUUAAAGGCAAUAUAUAAUGGAAAUUGUACCAUCCAAUCCGAGGGGAAGUGUUUUAAUUUUUAGAUAGCAUGAAAUGUAAGACCACUCAUUUAAACAGUCCUUUUUUAAAAAAUAGGACUUGGUACUGUGAGAUGUUGCUAAUAUGUUCUUAUGGUGAUGGGUGCCACAAAUAGAAAAUGUCACUGAAUCAGGGACUUGAAUGCACUUUUGCUUGUAUUGAAUAUAGACUAAGAGAGGAAAAUGUAUUUAAAAGAAACAUGAGAAAAGAAUGUGAAAGUUUUACAGGUAGAGGGAUGGAAUGUAAUGUUUAAUGUAGAUGUCAUGGAGUGACAAAAUGGCUUUGCUGGCACUCAAAGCUCCUCACUUAGCUGUUUUCUGAGACGUCAAGAGAUAUGAGGUAUGACUGUAAAACUAGCAUACACACUAAAUGAGUGUUACAUCCUCAAAAUAGUGAAGUUAAGGCUUCACACUAAUUCCAGUGAUAUAGCUUUUAUGAAAAAUAUUUUUAGAAUUCCAGUUUUCAAAUCCAUGUUUGGAUCUACAUUCACUUUUUAAAUAUACUUAAUGGUCAUUAUUUUUCUCUUUUAGAAUAUAGUUAAUUUGAGGUGGGAAAACAUUCUGAAUAAUAACAGUAGUAGUAAAAAGGGGAACAGUUUUUGCCCAUUUGAAAUGCGGAAGUGAAACACAAAAAAAGACAGAUUUUUAUGACUUAACUCAGAAAGAAAUUCCAAAAUAUGAAUUCGAAUAGCAGCAUUACUGGUUUAUGUGUCUAGCAAAGGAAGAACUGACUCUGAUAAAUAAAAUAAACAUCUGGUAUUUAUAUUUUAAAAUACUCUAUUUUAUAGUCACACUUUAAGUCAAGCAUUAUGUUAGGUUCCCAUAUGUUUAAGAUGUAAUUUUUAACGAUUAUUACCUGAUUUAAUCAUUAAAUUUAAAAUUCUGUGCCAUGAUAUAUGUUCAAAUUCAAACCAUUUUAAAAUGUGAUGAAUGAACUUCACCCAAGUUGGCAACAGUUCUGGUACUAAAAAACGUGGUUGUUUCUUCUGUUUACGUAACCUGCUUAGUAUUGAAUCCCUCUCUACCACGAGGGUCUUUCCUAAGAAGAGUGCUGUUAUUAUUUACCCUUAAUGUCUACAACCUGUGACAUGAGAUUUUAAAAGGGCUUUAUGUGAACUAUGAUAUUGUAAUUUUUGUGAGCAUUUUAAAAAGGGUAACAAAAGUAUGUUUAUGUACUAAUUCUGAUCAGAACAUUAAGCACGGAAAAAUAGAUGGUAUUCAUUAGGUUUUAAGUGAAUGAAGUAGUUCCUUAUAAUAACCAUUGUACAGUAAGGAUAAAACACUAACUCAUUGUGUAUUCAUUUAAAAUUGUCUGUAUUUUUAAAUUGCCAGAAAAAAAAAAAAAGACAACUUUGUACAUUUGAAGAUUUUUUUUCAACAGCUUUUCAUCUUCAGUGUCUUAAUAUGGAACUUAACCCUUACCAAAAAAGGAAGUUGGCAAAACAGCCUCCUGGCACAAACACUUUUUUAAUAAUGGUAGCCUAAAACUUAAUAUUUUUAUAAAGUAUUAUAAUAUUGUUUUGUGGAUAAUUGAAAUAAAAAUUCUCAUU